AUGCAAAGGAAAGGCAAAAAAGAAUGUCACAGAAUCACCGGUAGGAAUGCAUUCAAAUUGGAUAUGCAUCCUGUCAAAGCCAAACAGAAUAAGAAUGACCAAGCUGCCAAAAUCCAGCAUUUAGACAAGGCACUUGAAACAGCUGAGAUUGGUAUUGCAAAGUUGGGUACUCAGUGGUUUGAGCUACUUAUGGAUAUCAUGAAGACAUAUCUCCCCAACAUACAUGCCAUCAACAGUGCUACAGCAGCAUUGUUUCAUGUGGUUGAGCAUGCACAAGGAGUGCAUACUAAGGAGUGCACUGUUCAAGCAGUGAAGAGCAAGAUGGUCAAAAGGCCCAUGACCAAAGCAGCCUGGCAAGUGCAAUGGGGCAAAGCAUCCAAGUUAAUGGACACUAAGGCAACAGCACUGUUCAAUACCAUCAACUUGCACAUAGGCAGAGGAGUGAAGAAUAUGCAGCCAUCAACAAUGCUGGAAAAAGACAUGAAUCAGUAUCUGCCUCAGAGCAAACUGAACCCUGUGACUGCAGGAGCACUGGCUUUCCUGCAAUGGUGGACCUAUUGGGAUGGGAUCAAAGUGCCAAAGCCAUUAGUCAAUGUGGAGCUGAUGAUGGACAAAGAUAUGUGCAUACAUUUAACUCUAGCCCAUCUAGAGGCAGCACUGGAUGGGAUGGGGAUAGACACCUAUCAAUUCAAUCCCUGCAUCCAUGCAACUGACCUCAGUCUCCCUAGAAUUAAAGACAUAGAUGAAGCUGAUGGACAGAGUGGCCAAGACAUGGAUGGAGAUGAGGAAGAGGGUCAACAGGAUGAUGAUGAUGAUGAAGAGCAGACUGAGGACAAUGACCCUCCCCUGCAUCCUGCAAUUAUACACCAGGCAAGGGUAAAGGCAAGCCACCCAAUCAUCCUGAGUUGCCAAAGCAAACAGUUGAUGUUUUGGAAAACAAAGGCAAAGGCAAGUGUCACACCUACUAAACAAUGGUUGGAUGCAUCAAAUGAGGACAUCAACAUACAGGGUGCAGAGGAUACCAUUAAUGAACCUGUCUGCCCCAAACCUCACCCCAAACCUAUAGCAUGCAAGACAUGCAAUCCUGGUUAG